AUGUAUCAAUACUCCGUUAAAUCAAAUGAAUUGUUACCAAUCGAUAUCGGACACGACAAAAUUCCAUUAGUUUUCACAUGGUCAAACGAUGAUUCUGCUCUUUAUUUUGUUACAAUGGCGACCAACAAAGAGAAGAAUGUCGAUGAAGAUGAUUGGAAAGACGUGAUUCAAGUUCGAACAGAUGAUAAGAUUAAUACCGAAAUUUAUGAAAUUAAUUUCAACGAAAGCAAUUCUUUGUCGUUAAUAAGAAAAUUUUCAUUUUUCAUCAAUGAAAUCCUCUAUGUUCCGUUGUUAGACAAACUCGUCUUUACAUCAGCAUCAAAAAUAUUAAAUCUCGUCGAAGAUUUUGAAAUGUAUUCUCUUGACUUGAAAAAUCCAUCUUUAUUAACUAAAUUAACAGAUAAUCAAGCCACGGAAGAAGAUUUACAAUUAUCCAAUGACGGAAAACAAAUUCUCUUUCGAACUUUAUCAUUAAAUUCACCAAAGAGCCGAAUGAACGAUACACAAGGUCGUCUCUAUUCCGUCGAUUUAUUGAAUGGAGAAUUACAACAAAUAGGAACGGAUUUUUCUGGUAAUAUCGUUGGAUAUGCAUGUCAAUCUGAUGGGAAUAUUCUUAUUCUUGGACAAUUAGGAACACAAGUGCAGAUUUAUUCAAAACAAUCUUUAAUUGAUCAUCAUCAGGGAUGGAAUGGAACUUAUGAAUCACUUGUGAUAUCAAAAGAGAAGAAUUUGAUUGCAUUUGUUCAUUCAUCGUUUGAUAAGCCUAUGGAAGUCUAUAUUGUCAAUCGUAUCGAUGAACUUUCCAUAGCAGAAUCGAUAACAAAUUGUAACGAAUUAUUUACCGGAAGUAAUUUUUCUCAAGGGACAGUUUAUACUUGGAAAAAUCGAGAUGAUAAUCAAACAAUUGAAGGAAUUUUACAUUAUCCAUUCGGUAAACUUCAAUCGACUAAUCUUCCUCUUUUAGUUCUUUGUCAUGGUGGUCCGUAUGAUGCAAGUGUCAAUCAAAUGAAUAACAAUGGAGCAAAUUGGGCUCCAUUAGCAGCUGCAAAUGGCUGGCUUGUUUUAGAACCAAACUAUCGUGGAUCCACAGGCUAUGGCGAUGAAUUUUUCAAUCAAAUUCGUCAUCGACCUUUAUCCUUACCCGGAAAAGAUAUUCUCUUUGGUAUUGAUAGUUUAAUUCAAGAUGGAAUUGUCGAUUCACGAAGACUUGCUAUUGCAGGUUACAGUUACGGAGGAUGUUUAACAAAUUGGUUAAUUACACAAACAGAUCGAUUCAGUGCCGCUUUAUCUGGUUCCGGUAUAAUUGAUUACAGUUCAAUGUGGGGUACUUCGGAUAUGCCGGUCCUUAUUGAAAAUUUAUUUGGAGGAUUUCCAUGGAAUGUACCUGAAUUAUAUCAAAAAGAAUCACCGAUUUAUAAUUUCGAUAAAGUCCACACACCAACACAUAUCAUCACAGGUGAAAUAGAUGUUCGAGUUCCCGCAAGUCAAAGUUAUAUUCUUGAACGAGCACUCUAUUAUCGAGGAGUACCAGUUGAACUCCUUAUCUUUCCGAAUGAAGAUCACGCACUCAGUCGCAAUCCAAAGCAUCAAAAACUUAAAGUUCAACGAGAACUUCAAUGGUUACACAAAUAUCUCUGA